AGUCUUCAAGCUGGCAAAAUCAUGGCCUACCCUCAACACGCUAAUUAAGAUCAUCGGUAAUUCGAUGGGUGCAUUGGGCAACUUGACCCUUGUCCUGGCCAUCAUUGUCUUCAUCUUUGCCGUGGUUGGAAUGCAGCUCUUUGGCAAAAAGUACACCGAAUGUGUCUGUAAAAUCUCCACCAAGUGUAAGCUUCCACGUUGGCACAUGUCUGACUUCUUCCACUCGUUCCUCAUCGUGUUCCGAGUCCUGUGUGGUGAGUGGAUCGAGACCAUGUGGGAUUGUAUGGAGGUGGCUGGGCAGCCCCUGUGUAUCCUGGUCUUCAUGCUGGUGAUGGUCAUUGGAAACCUCGUGGUACUCAACCUCUUCCUUGCCUUGCUCCUGAGCUCCUUCAGUGCAGACAACCUCAGCUCUCCAGACGAGGACGGGGAGAUGAACAAUCUCCAGAUUGCCUUGGCACGCAUCCAUCGCGGCAUCAGAUACCUAAAGAGGGCCAUCGGCGAAUCCUUCCAGAGCUUCUGCAAGGGGGCUGAGCCCUCAGUGGAGGGGAAGGCCAUGAUGGAGCUCCCAACCUACGUCUUCAAUCACACAGGCACCGAGAAAGGGAAAGAGUUGGAGUACAAGGACGGGAAUGGGACAGCCAGUGGUAUUGGGAAUAACAGCACGGCCAUGGGCAGGAUGAACGAAUCCAUGGCCAAUGACUUCAAAAUGGCCGACGGCGUGCCCAUAGCAGUAAUUGAACCGGAGUUAGAGUUUGUCGAAGAGGAGGAACAAAGCACCUUCACGGAAGUGGCAGUCAACGAGGAGAAGAUGGAUGACCUGACCAGUUGUUCUGAAGCCAGUACAGUGGACAUGAGGAGCAAAGGCGAUGAGGACGAGCACGUUUCAGAGCACACGGAAGAAGCUGUGGAUCCAGACGAAUGUUUCACUGAAGCUUGUGUCCGACGCUUCACCUGCUGUCAGGUGAACAUCUCGACCGGCUAUGGGAAGGUCUGGUGGAACCUGAGGAAAACCUGCUACAAAAUUGUGGAGCACAACUGGUUCGAGACGUUCAUCAUCUUCAUGAUUCUGAUGAGCAGUGGAGCUCUGACAUUUGAAGAUAUUAACCUUGAUAAGAAGCCAGUGAUAAAGACUGUGCUGGAGUACCUGGAUAAAGUGUUCACCUAUGUCUUUGUUCUGGAAAUGCUGCUCAAGUGGGUAGCGUAUGGCUUCAAGAGAUACUUCACCAAUGCCUGGUGUUGGCUGGAUUUCCUUAUUGUGGAUAUUUCUGUUCUUUGCCUUUUGACAAAGACUCUUGGUUACGACCAGUUUGUUGCCAUGAAAUCUCUCAGGACCCUGAGGGCACUGAGGCCACUGCGGGCCUUAUCCAGAUUUGAAGGCAUGAGGGUCUCUGUAGUCAGCCUUACGGCUAAUGCCCUGGGAUACGCUGAACUAGCUCCCAUAAAAUCUCUUCGGACACUCAGAGCUUUGAGACCAUUAAGAGCCUUGUCACGAUUUGAAGGGAUGAGGGUGGUAGUCAAUGCACUCAUUGGUGCCAUCCCGUCCAUCAUGAAUGUUUGCUUCGUCUGUCUCAUCUUCUGGCUCAUUUUUAGCAUUAUGGGAGUCAACCUCUUUGCAGGGAAAUUCUAUAAGUGCAAGAAUCUGACCAGUGGUGAAGCAAUUCCCAUUCACGUUGUCAACAACAAGAGUGAGUGCGACAUGCUCAACAGCACAGAAGUCCGAUGGCACAACGAGAAGAUCAACUUUGACAACGUCAUGAUGGGCUACCUCGCUCUGCUGCAGGUGGCAACGUUUAAGGGCUGGAUGAACAUAAUGUUCGCUGCCGUUGAUUCACGAAAUAUUGGUGAGCAGCCUGAUUAUGAGACCAACAAGUACAUGUAUGUGUACUUUGUAAUCUUCAUCAUAUUCGGCUCUUUCUUCACCUUGAAUCUCUUCAUUGGUGUCAUCAUCGAUAACUUCAACCAACAGAAGAGAAAGCUCGGAGGUCAGGACAUCUUCAUGACGGAGGAACAGAAGAAAUAUUACAAUGCCAUGAAGAAACUGGGUUCGAAGAAGCCUCAGAAACCAAUCCCCAGGCCUUUGAAUAAAUUCCAAGCGCUAAUCUUCGACCUAGUUACAAAGCAAGCCUUUGACAUUUUCAUCAUGUUCCUGAUCUGCCUCAACAUGUUGACGAUGAUGGUGGAGACUGACGACAUGGAUCAGUACAAGAAGAAUAUACUCUUCAUCAUCAACAUUAUCUUUAUUGUGCUCUUCACUGCUGAGUCCUCUCUCAAAAUUAUCGCCCUGAGGCAGUACUUCUUUACCAUUGGCUGGAACAUAUUUGAUUUUGUGGUGGUGAUCAUUUCCAUUAUCGGUAUCAUGUUGUCCGACGUCAUUGAAAAGUACUUUGUGUCACCGACGCUCUUCAGGGUCAUUCGACUGGCCCGGAUUGGGAGGAUACUCCGUCUUAUCCGAGGGGCAAAGGGUAUCAGGACCUUGCUGUUUGCCUUAAUGAUGUCCCUCCCCGCCCUGUUCAACAUUGGCCUCCUCCUGUUCCUGGUCAUGUUCAUCUACGCCAUUUUCGGAAUGGCCAACUUCGCCUACGUGAAGCAGGAAGAUGGCAUUGACGACAUGUUCAACUUCCAGACCUUCGGCAACAGCAUGAUCUGCCUGUUCCAGAUCACCACCUCAGCCGGCUGGGACGGCCUCCUGAGCCCCAUCCUGAACAGCGAGAGCCCGGACUGUGACCCCAAGAAGGAAAACCAAGGCACCAACGUGAAAGGGGACUGCGGCAACAAGUCCGUCGGCAUCGUCUUCUUCGUCAGCUACAUCAUCAUCUCCUUCCUGAUUGUGGUGAAUAUGUACAUCGCCAUCAUCCUGGAGAACUUCAGUGUGGCCACCGAGGAGAGCUCAGAGCCGCUCAGCGAGGAUGACUUUGAGAUGUUCUACGAGGUGUGGGAGAAGUUCGACUCAGAAGCCACCCAGUUCAUCGAGUACUCGGCCCUGGAGGAUUUCGCCGACGCCCUGAAGGAGCCGCUGCGGGUGGCCAAGCCGAACAAGAUCAAACUGAUCGCCAUGGACCUGCCGAUGGUGAGCGGGGACAGGAUCCACUGCCUGGACAUCCUCUUCGCCUUCACCAAGAGGGUGCUGGGAGAGUCCGGCGAGAUGGAUGCCCUCAAGCUGCAGAUGGAGGAGAAGUUCAUGGCGGCCAACCCAUCGAAGAUCUCCUACGAGCCCAUCACCACCACCCUGCGGAGGAAGCAGGAGGAGGUCUCUGCCACGGUUAUCCAGCAAGCGUACAGGAGACACCUCCUACGGCGCUCGGUCAAACAAGCCUCCUUCAUGUACCGGCACAGAACCAGCGACGUCAACGUGGUGGUGGAGGAGGCCCCGGAGAAGGAAGGGCUGAUCGCGACGAUGAUCAAGGAGCACUACGGCCCCGAGUUGGAGAGAUCAGAGACCAUGUCCUCCUCCUCCUCUCCGCCAUCUUACAACAGCGUCACCCGGGCGGUCAGCGAGAGCGUCGAAGUUAAAAUCUUCGACCCCGAGCCUGACGGGCAAACUGAUCCAAAGAGAAGCCUCGAUAAAGACAGGGAAUCCUUGGUGUAAAAGGGGAAGCGAGCUCUCUCAAGACGUUCUUGUUUACGCACUCACACCCACCCACACCCAAAAUAAAAAAAAAGACCGCGACACAAAGUCAUUUGUACCAGUUAGAUGUGGAAGAUUACAGAGCGAGAAAAUUUUAAAAAAAAGACGAGGCUUUUGUUUUGCCUCACUUCUUCAGCGACCUCUUCAGAGCACGUGACGUGACUGACCUCUGACCUUGGUUCUGAUGGCUUUGCUUUAAGCUUCAAACAACGAGAGAUUUGGAGGGACUGCACACAAAGUCGUGGCACUAACACUGGUAAUAGACAAGGCUGGGGGCAGAACUCAGCAGCAUGAGGCCCCCAGUAUUCACAAGCGACAGUGACUGACUGCACACAUUUAUUUGAAAUAUCAUUAAUGAUGGUGUGUCUCCUCCUGGUUAUGUAUGACCUGCACUCACAAUUAUCACAAGUUCUGUAGCAAAUGUAACACUUAUUGCAUAUGUUAUGGGUCUUUCAUAAAUUUAUUAUAAUAUUUGAUAUUUUUCUA